AUGGGCAACCUACCAGAAGAGCAACUAGCUGCUGUCAGGCAAGGCUCUGGUGCCGAAGCCACGGCUCCCAUCAAGACGAUUCCCGUCCCACAGGAGCCAGGACCGGGACAGAUCUUGGUCAAGAUCAAUUGGAGUGGACUUUGUGCCAGUGACAAGAGCCUGCUGCACGAUGAAUGGGGGUUUCUAGGAAUUGGCAUGAUGGACUCCACCCACGGCAUAGCCGGGCACGAAGGCGCGGGCAGCGUCGUCGCCGUCCACCCGGACGUCUCCGACAUCUGGAAAGUCGGCGACCGCGCAGGUAUCAAGUGGGUCGUCUCCAUCUGUCGAAACUGCGAGUUCUGCACGAACGGCACGGACGAGCUGCACUGCCCGAAGCAGCUUAACAGUGGCUUUACAGCCCCGGGGACCUUUCAGGAGUACUGUCUGACGGACGGGCGGUAUGCGACGAGGAUCCCGGAGGGCGUGAGCGAUGAGGAGGCGGGCCCGAUUAUGUGUGGUGGAGUGACGGCUUAUGCGGCUUGUAAGAGGAGUGCGGUGAAGCCGGGGCAGUGGGUUGUGAUCUUGGGGGCUGGCGGAGGGCUUGGCCAUUUCGGCGUCCAAUACGCCAAAGCCAUGGGCAUGCGCGUCAUCGCGGUCGACGGCGGGGACGAAAAGGGGAGACUCUGCAAGGAACUCGGCGCGGAGGAGUACAUCGAUUUCACCCAGGUCAAGGACAUUCCUGCUCGUGUCCUGGAGCUGACGACGUACGGCGCUCACGGUUGUAUUGUGUACGCUGCGGCCAAGGAGAGUUAUCAGGUCUCCUAUCAGGUGCUUCGACCUGGUGGUACGGCUGUCGCGGUGGGACUUCCUACGUCCGGAGAUGUGAUUGCUGGGGCGCCGCCGGUUGCGUUAGCAAUGAAGAGGAUUAAUAUCGUUGGGAGUGUGACGGGGACGACGAAGGACGUCCAAGAGUGUCUCGAUUUCACCGCGCGUGGUAUCGUUCAUCCAAUCCUAACAAAGGGUGAUCUGGGAGACGUCGAUAAGUUCAUCAAGCUCAUGAAGGAAGGCAAGCUGCCAGGACGUGCGGUCUUGAAAGUCGCUGCAUAG